UGGAUUUCUAGAGAGGUCGACCGCCGCUUUGAAUGUCUAAUCUGUCCCUUACAAUGUCUGGUCUUCCUCCAAUCGUGGGCCGCGUGGCACGGUUUUCACCACGUCGGUUUGCGAGAUGUCUCGAGAUCGUUCGUGGAUCCAUCCAGUCUAUGGUCCCACCGCCUUUUCUCUUGUAUAAAUAAGGAGUCUCCCAUCGCCCAACAGAAGACGAGCUCUCGUCCAUGGCAAAGAGAAAGAUGCAGAAAGAAUGGUGUGCGUACAGAGGAUGGGACGGUCGCAGCCGGGUACCCAAGGUGCCGGCGCUACUGGCUGACAAAGCCGCGCUAUGCUGCACAUGAGGAGGAUUGGAGGAACACCCAAUCAAUCGGAGGGCGGGUGGGCUGAGCAGCCGGACGGCGCUGCCAUGGGGGCAAGCGGUGAGCACGUGACAUGUAUCUGCCACUGCUGGCGAACGCUCCCGGCGCUGGAGACGGCCGUUCUUUUCCGCAGGUACGUGAAACCCAGCUGCAUACACAACCUAUCCCUCCAACCUCGCCCCAUCUCUGUUGUGCUUCCUCGGUGGAACUCAGACCGUGGCAUGCCAUUCCUAUCGCCGUCGUCACACCGAUGGCCCGGGCGGGAUCCGCCAUCCCCACGGCCGGGCCCCUCCUCGGUGGGCGCCCCUCCCUCAUCGCCGCCAACAACAGCGGAAGGUGCCGUGUCUGCACCGAGUGCCACGCCGUUUCCGACGUGGCGGAGCACAGCCACACGGCCAGGGCGCUCGGACUCCGCCCGCUCUUCGGCGCACCCUCCGGCUCAACCUGCGCGGUAGGCGGCUCCGGCGCAACGGCCCCCCACGGAGUCGUCGUCGGGCGCUCGACCCGGGCGUCAACCCCGUGGACCACGCGGGAGCAGGAUCCGCGGUCAGACCGUCCUCGCCGGGCGCCCGUUCGUGGCACAUGGCCACGUUGCGGCCAGCCACAGCGGACGCCCUCGUCUCUCCAAGGAGUGCCACAACGUCGCCGACGCGGCAGGGCACGGCCUGGACGCUCGGGCUUGGGCUACCCCCGCUCCUUGGCGGCUCCACCUCUGUCGCGACGGGCAACUAUGUUUUGUCUCUAAUGCAUGUUUGGCUAAAACCCUUCUAUUUUUUGCAGAGCUCUCACAAAUCAGUCAACCUACGAAGUGGCCAGAUGGAAGGGGCUAUUCUACUUGAGCUUACCUUGACAGGGGAGGAAAGCAUGACGGCCGUCUUUGUCAGGCUCACUGUGCAGAAGCUCUUGAUGAAGCACAAAACGUCCCAUGUCGAACCGCGGGCCGACAUGGUGUGAGAAUUGCAGUUAGCUGAAAAAUGGGGAUUAGACACAUGGAGAUGUAGCACUUGGGUGAGUA